AUGGACCAACCGCCAGCCCUCUCACCUUUCACCUUCUCCCCCGCAGUCGCAUCAUUCAACGUCCCCAUGAAGACCUACCUCUCAUCCCCCUCACUCCAACACCACCAAGCCAUCGCCAGCGGCGCCUUAAUCUUCUCCCCUCCAUCAACCACCUCACAGCCUCCCAAUCCCAAUCCCAAUCCCAAUCCCAAGAUCCUCAUCCUCCAACGCGCACCCACCGACUCCUAUGCCAACAAAUGGGAAAUCCCCGGCGGCGGCGUCGACCUCACCGACUCGACGGUUCUCCACGGCGUCGCGCGCGAAGUACUCGAAGAGACUGGUCUGACAGUGACGCAUAUCAAGCGUCUCGUCGGAUCAGAAGACGGACUGGCGUUUGUGACGAGGAGGGGAUUGAGGGUGGUGAAGUUUGCGUUUGAGGUUGAGGUUAGGGGUGGGGAGGAGGUGAAGUUGGAUGAGAAGGAGCAUCGGAGGUUUUUGUGGGCGAGUGAGGAGGAGGUUAGGAACGGGAGGAUGGAGGAUGGGUAUGAGGUUGUUUUCACGGGGGAGAAGCAUAGGGAUGGGAUUUUGGAGGGGUUUAGGGUGAGGAGGGAGGGGGCGUGA